UCUAUAUAUAUCCCUUACCUUGCUAGGGACUCCACCCAUCCAACAUUCCUCUCUCUCUAACCUUUAUAGAAUUUGGAACAUCUCAUGCACUCUUUUUUUACAUUCUCUUAAUAGUUUUUCUAUUUUCUUUUCAUUUUUUUCUCUUCUUAUAACUCUCAUUUUUUCGUGCUUGAGAGGUUGUAUAGUAGCAGAGGAUCCAAGUUUAUCCUCUGUCUCUGUCCACCCUCUAUCUAUUUCUCUCACUAGAUCCUCUCGAUCUCUCUCUCAUUUCACUCACUCGUAUAUUUUACGCUGUUGAGGGACGAAGUAGAGAAUCCAAUUCGGUCAAUCAUAUUUGUCAUAAAACAACCAUGGUUUCCGAGAAGAAUUACCAAUCGAAGAAUGUAUGUGUAAUCGGAGCAGGACCAGCAGGAAUAGUAGUAGCAAGAGAGUUAAAAAAAGAAGGUCACAAAGCAAUUGUGAUAGAGCAAAAUCAUGACAUUGGAGGACAAUGGUUAUAUGAUGAUAAAAAUAUAGAAGGAGAACACCCUUUAGGAAGAAACCCUUUUCUAAAAGUUCAUAGUAGUGUCUAUAGCUCUUUAAGAGUAGCAUCUCCAAGAGAAGUCAUGGGAUUCACAGAUUUUCCCUUUUCGCCGAAAAAAGGUAGAGACAUGAGGAGAUUUCCUAGCCAUGUUGAAGUUCUUAUGUAUCUAAAGGAUUUUUGUGAGUAUUUUGGAUUGAGAGAUAUGAUAAGGUUCAAUACAAGAGUUGAAUAUGUUGGAAUGUUGGAUGAUUAUGGUGUUUGUGGAAAUGAUUUGAAGUGGAUUGUUAGAAGCAAAGAGAAGAAUAGUGAGAAAGUUGUGGAAGAAGUUUUUGAUGCAGUGGUUGUUGCAACUGGUCAUUACUCUCAACCAAAAUUGCCAUCCAUUAAAGGAAUGGAUACAUGGAAAAGAAAACAAAUCCAUAGUCACAUUUACAGGACUCCAGAACCAUUCCACAAUGAGGUUGUGGUGGUGGUUGGAAAUUCUUUUAGUGGACAAGAUAUAGCAAUGGAGCUAGUGGGAGUAGCAAAGGAAAUUCAUAUAAGUUCAAGAUCUCUUAAUACUGUAUAUGAGGGGUUAUCUAAAGUCAUAGCCAAACAUGACACUUUACAUCUUCAUCCACAGAUAGACACCCUUGAAGAGGAUGGAAGAGUAAUUUUCUUGGAUGGUUCUUGCAUUAAAGUAGACACAAUUGUGUACUGUACAGGGUACUCCUAUAGCUUCCCUUUUCUUGACACCAAAGGAAUGGUGGUUGUUGAAAAUGACAAAGUAGGACCUUUGUAUGAGCACACUUUUCCUCCAUCACUUGCUCCAUCUCUUACUUUUGCAGGCAUCCCUAAAAAGAUCUUAGGAUUCCCUUUCUUUGAGUCCCAAGCAAUGUGGAUAGCUCAAUUGCUUUCUGGGAAAAAAGCUUUGCCAUCAUGGGAGGAAAUGAUGAAAUCCAUCAAGGAGUUUUACCAGUCAAGAGAAGAAGCUGGCAUUCCUACUCAUGAUAUUGGAGACUUUGAGUAUUGUGACAAAUAUUCAGAGAAUGUAGGACUCCCACCAUUACAAGAAUGGAGAAAAUCUUUGUGCAUUUCAUCCUUAAUUAACUCUUUUACCAAUUUGGAGACAUAUAGAGAAUCAUGGAAUGAUGAAGAAAAUGAGAUGCUCCAAGAGGCCCUUCAAAGUCCUUACUUCACUCAACUUGAAAUUCAAGAUUGAAACUAUUCUCCAAGCCUAAAAUAUAUAGAAAUAAAAUAUAAAUAAAGAGUUUAAUAACUAUGCCAUGUAAAAAGUUUUAUGCAUGUGCUCAAUUAUAUUUCUCUAUUGUGUUGUGUUGUGUUGUGUUAUGUCAUAAUGUUCUUGAAUAAAUCUAUAUUGUGUUGACCAAAAAAACAUUGUGAGUGCAUAAAUUAAAUCCUAAAAUAUUUGAUUUGUACUUAGUAGCACUCAGAUAGUUUGGUUGUGUUAUUUUAAUUAUAAAAUAUUGCAAAUGGGAACAUUGUUGAAUUAGAACAAUGUUUCUUGUUUUUUAAUUAUAAAAUAUUCCGUCAAA